UCGUCGCAACAAUGCACGCAAGAGGUCGUGGACCCGCGGAGAAUGGGCAGAAACAACUCGGGCUUGUCCGGGGAGGAUGUCGCGGACGUGAUGUGCAUAUUGCACCCUUCAUCGACUGCAGCUAUCAAGCUUGUGGCAGAGACCGCACGUCGAGCACCUCAGCACAUCCUUCAAAACGCCAGCCUGCCCAAAUACGACUCGGAUCUCUCCCUGAGCAUGUGUCUGGAUUUGGCUCUCCGAUUCUCUUCCAGGACGAUUCAGCCACAGCACGGGUUCGUCUUUGGACGCAGCAUGGAGCAUUGUGACAUCGCCGUCAAUGGCGAAACUCACAAACGUGUCAGCAACAUUCACUUCUCAAUCUACAUGAACGAAGCAGGGGUCCUCAUGCUAAAGGACAUGUCCACCAACGGUACGAUGGUCGAUGACACCUUGUUGAAAGGCAGGAGCCAGAAACACGAGAAGCGGCGAAUGCUUAAUCAAAGCUCCAUCAUUGCGCUGUUGACUUACAACGAGGAGGAGAGCCUGAAAUUCAUCGUGCGUUUCCCUUCUCGCGAUGGGUUCUUCCCACAGUACGAGGCCAGAUUUCGGGAAUACAUGGCCAGACAACUCGAUGCCGAACGCAGAUUCCGAAAUGGCAAGGGCAACGCCUUUGCACCAUUCACCGACGCACAUCAGAGUCAUUCUGUCAAGGCUCCGAUGAUACAAAACCAGUACGGAAUGCACUGGAGUGGCGGCGCCAAAUACAACGUGGUGGGAAUGAUCGGCAAGGGUGCAUUUGCAAGUGUCUAUCAGAUUGCGACCAAGAAUGACGGGCAAUUGUUUGCCGCCAAAGAGCUGGAGAAGCGCAAGUUUAUCAAGAACGGGAUUCUGGACCGGAAGCUGGAGAACGAGAUGCUCAUCAUGCAGUCGAUCGAUCACCCUAGCAUUGUCCAGUACGUCGAGCACGUCGACGUGCUGAACCAUUUGUACAUCGUCAUGGAAUUUGUUCCUUGUGGCGACUUGCAGCAGCACCUAGCGGAGCAUGGCGCCCUCUCGGAGUCAGUGGCCAAGCAGAUGGCAUCGCAAGUCUUCGAUGCGCUGAGCUACCUUCACACCAAAAACAUCACCCAUCGCGAUAUCAAGCCGGACAAUAUCCUCAUUGCAACCCUGGAACACGACAAUUUUCAGAUCAAACUUUCCGACUUUGGACUUUCGAAGGUGGUCAAGGACAACGACACAUUCUUGAAGACGUUCUGCGGAACCUUGCUGUACUGCGCGCCGGAGGUUUUCCCUCACUACGAUGCACACGUCGCCGGUAAAGGCACCAAGCGACGCAAGGACACUCCUCCCACCAAGAACUUUCACAGUUACAGCCAAGCAGUCGACAUCUGGUCUUUUGGGGCUGUGUUGUGGUACUCACUCUGUCACAAACCUCCGUUCGAAGGCGUGGCCGAUAAGACCGGUCGCGGCAUGUUCGACAAGAUAAUGAUGACACCCUUGGACGCCGCAGAUUUGGUAAGGCAAGGGGUCACGGACGCCGCUGUUGCCUUGUUGGUGCAGAUGCUUAACACUGAUCCCGCCGCUCGUCCAUCCGCACAGUACUGCCUUCAACACGAGUGGUUUGGGCUUCCGCGGAAGUUCACUUGGAGUGCGCCACGACAACCGCUGCCCUUCUCCCAUCAACCGACCGGCUUGGGCGCGAUUGCUGAAGUGAACUCUCAAGCAGAAUUGGGUGCCAGUCAGGAAGAAGAUCUGAACAAGUUGAACAGUCAGUACAGUGAGGUCAGCCUUAACGAGUCUGACAUCAACUUUCUCGACCCACGACAGUCCAAACGCUUCAAAUCCAGUCACAUGGGAGACUAUCGAGAUGAGCAAGACCUCGAGUCGAGCGAUGAGAAGUACGGACACGUUCCUAUCAUUCUUGAGGAGGCUGAACACGACUUGGACCAUCCACCGGACGUUGCGCCGAGGUCUCAGAAGUUGUUCGGCGAAAUCAGUCAGACGAAUUUCGCGGCGUUGACGAAACCGCAGAACGAUGGCGCGUUGACUGGUGCAAGCUUGCCCAGCUCGGAGCAUCAGACAGCAUCUCCACAGAGUGUGACACAUGAAGACGGUAUUCACGACGAGUCCAUCCACCACUCUCAAGAAUUUGAGGGUUCUCCAAGCCUCUUCGGAGCGGAGAGCAUGGUGCGUGACAUGAACAUGGGAUCGACCUCAUCCGGUGCAUUUCGCGUCAACAAUGGCAGCGAAGCAGACGUGACCUCUCCAAAGACACCCGCGAGUGCCAAUGACCUCGAUGAAGAAGAUCCUUCGCAACCGACGCCACUGCCGGUCAAGCACUCGCAGACUCCGAAGCCGGCCUCUCAAGUGCCUUUCAGCCGCCAAAUCAACCUUCAGACGCCACCAUCGUUCUACUGGAAGGCUGACGACCCAAGCACGCACACGCUGGAAUACGCUUCGAAAGCUAGUGGCUUCGACUACACCACCGGCCAAAUGAUCGUCCCCGAUAGUCGCCAAGUGCAGCAUUUCGCGAACGAUGGCCAGUUUUCGAUGCCUGACAGUCAACAGGACGACGAUGAGCGAAUUGACAGCGCGCGGUCGCCGUUCUCAGACUCCGCCGACUACGUCCCACCAGCCCGCUAUGGGCGCCUUAUCUCCAUGCCCGGCUCCUUCGCGCACGAGACAAUCGCACUGGACGGCCAACGCACCAGCUGGGGUCGCGCACCCAACAACACUGUCAUCUAUCCCAACAAGGCCGAGACUCGCGUUCCCAAGCUAGCGUUUUGGAUCUUCUUUCACGCGCCGGGUAUUCAAGACUUGGACGAGGACGCCGACUUCUCCGACAUGCCGGGUCUGUACUGCGGGAUUAGCACCCACGCGAGUGCAGGACUGCAUAUCAAUGGGGUUCACUUGAAGAAAGGCGACGAGGGACAGUUGCUUUACGGACGACUGCACACCGGGGAUGAGGUGGAGGUGUGGCAGCCUGGACGGCCCGGCAAGGCGGGAUUGAAGUUCAAGGUGGAGCUGUUCUGUGGGGAGGGCAAGGUUCCGAGGAUGGAGGGUGAGGCGAGGUUCAGGGUGGUGAGG